AUUCCGGCUACUCCUCAGACUCAUUCUCUACUAUGGCAGAGGCAGGUCUGGUACUUGGCGUCAUUCCGCUGCUCAUUGCAGCCCUUGAGCAUUAUGAAGGGGCGGCGCGAUAUACUAAGGAUUUCAUUGACCCGAGAGAAGCCAGGCUGGCCCUCGUCAGAAAGCUCUAUCAUCUAAGGACUACUGUUGAUCAGGUCAUUGACAAUCUGUUGCGCGGUAUUGCAAAGCCAGAAGAGGUGGUUAUGAUGACUGACGAUCCUCGCAAUGAGCUGUGGACAACGGGACGAAUCGCCGAUACAAUCCGAGUCAAACUUGGCUCUACCUAUGAUCCCUUCAUCGAUGCACUCGACCAAAUUAGCGGUGUUCUGGUAUCGAUCACAAAGUAUCUGAACAUCGACGGGGCACGGAAAAGAUCCACCAAGCUAAAAGAGCUGGUCGACGCAAAUAGGCCAGUUGACAAGGGCCCGCUACUCAAGGACAAUUUUCGAUUCAAGGAACGGGUCAAAUUCACAAUGAGCAAAAGGCGCAUUGAGAAGAACCUUGAAGAGCUCAAGUCAUGUACCGAAUCGAUUGGUCAAUGGACUGGAAGGGCUGAAAAGUCACAAGAGCCCACAAAUCACCGGAUAUCGAAGACAAAGUUUAGAAGUCCCUUGCAGAUUGUCCAGCGGCAUGCCUCCCGGCUACACCGCGCUUUGUCCAUAAGUUGGUGCAAUUCGCGACCUCAGCACUCGACAUUCCUGUUAUUAGAGCAGCGAAUUCAGGAGUCCUACAAGAGAAUGACCACCUCACAUGUAGCCUACACGGAUGAAGAAGUGAGCUGUUUUACACUCAGUCUCGCAGGGGAUUGCUUUCAUCACCUCCCGCGACUCCACACAGAAGUCCGAAUCAUUGAGCCUCUCGAAGAACCCGUCAAUUCCAGCCAGGUGCAGUUCAAUGUAGAGUUAGAUCCUGAUCGGGUCAACAAAGCCCCGUAUAUGACUCCUUCGAACCUGCCGCAGGUACAACAGUUUUGCCACUAUUUCAAGCAUCCGGUUCAAACAUCCGUUGGAUUUUGUCUUGAUGAGGAAGGAAGUCUUAGGGUCUACUCUUUGGAGUAUUCCACCGCCUCAUACGUGACUGACUACCUCACUCUAGACAAUCUCCUCUCAGGUUCUCACGCAAGACUACAACUCAAGGAUCAGUACAACUUAGCUGUCAAGCUGGUGGCUUCAAUCUUCCAGCUGACUGGUACGCCGUGGUUGCACACUAAAUGGACUAAGAAAGACAUCGCUUUCUUUAGAGCCCCAAAACGUCCCGAACAGAGGGUGGACAUCGGCUACCCGUACCUAGUGCAGAAUUUUGCAUGCAUUGAUGCCUCCACUAGAGGCACAACCGCGGACCGAUCUAAACUCCUAGCUUUGGCUGUCAUUUUGCUUGAAAUGAAGAGUGGAAAGUCUAUUGAGCAGCUAAGACUUGCCGAAGACGGCACUACGGGGAAAGAGAAUGAUGACAUGUCCGAUUAUCAGACAGCACACAGAUGGUACGAAGACAAAGAGCAGGAGUUGCUCCCUGGUUUCAAAGUCGCAUUUAGGUUCUGCUUGACGCGAUACCUAAAUGCAGACACAAGCUUUGAAGACGACAAACUUCGUGAUGAAGUGGAGGAAAACGUGCUUCGGCCCCUGCGGAGCGAUUUGAGCUUUCUCGAAACCACCAAAUAUCGAUAGCUUCGGAUGUGCAAUGAAGCAUUUCGAAAACGCGAUGUAACGGCCCUAGUCCUCGUUGCGUUUUCCUUUACCAAGGUGGUCUACCACCGCAGGUAUCUCCAAAGUGAUCGCUCAUCUUUCGGCCUUGAUGAGAUACCAUA